UCUCACUGCUGGAGAUGACGGUCAGCUGCUCUCUCUGCGUAGCCACCAUCACAUGCCCCAGCAUUGGAGCCUGGGAAGCCUGACCACAGACCAGCAUCUCUGAGGCAUGAAUAAUUAGGCAGGCAUAAUGGAAGGCACUCACUGCUCCCUCCAAUUGCGUAAGCCCAUUACUGAACUCUGCUACAUCAGCUUCUAUCUUCCACGGGGGGAAGUCCGAGGAUUUUCAUACAAGGGCACCGUAACUCUAGACAGAUCCAAUAAGGCAUUUCAGAACUGCUACCAAGUCAGGGAGGGGUCGGACGUCAUCAGCCUCAGUCUGCAGCCGGAUGAACAUCCAGGGGACAUAUUUUUCAAGCAGACUCCCACGAAGGAUAUUCUAACUGAGCUGUACAAACUCACGGCAGAGAGAGAGAGACUGCUGGCCAAUCUCCUAAGCUCAGACCACAUCCUGGGGAUCACGAUGGGGAACCAGGAGGGGAAGCUGCUGGAGCUGUCCGUGAGUCUGGCCCCUGAGGACGACUGUUUCCAGAGUGCUGGCGACUUGCAGGGAGAGCCCCUCGUGGGUUGUCUCAAUAAGAGGAGCACCCAGAGAAGCAAAAAGCCCCGGCGGUUUGGGGGAGGGAGAGAGAGUGUGGAGGCGCUUCCGCAGAAGAGGACAAGAAGAAAAGGGCAUGGGGGCCAGGAAUCAGCUCCUCAGAUGGGGAGGGACCAUGUCUGUCCCAGCAACUCCCUUCCUCUUUCUCGAGAGAGGCCUAAUCGUGGGCUUCUAGAAGAGAGAGGCAACUUGCUUCCACAUAGGGCUCGUUUCUCUUCCCUGCAGAGGAGAGAAAUCUGCCCCCUGGAGAUCGCCAAGACGCUGGACCCUGACCCUGGCUUUGGGAGCUUGGGGCUCACUUCUGAGGAUGCUGAGUUUGGAAGAGGAGGAUCGCCCCCUGACUGCAGCUCCACGGAGCCAGGGGACGAGCCAGGGGAUAGUGGUGCUGGGGAGCUACCGAGGAAGCCUCACAGGCUGGCACAUCAGCAGACAGGUGUCUCUGGAAGUCACAAGCACCCCGAGAAGCAUCCACCCACAGAGAGGGGCCAGAGGGAGAAGUGUGCCGAGCGGACUCACAGGAAGAAACCUGUUUCCAAAGUGGUGGCCCGAGUCCAGGACCUGUCUGCUCAGGUGCAGAGAGUAGUUCAGAUGCAUCCUGAGGGCGAAGGAGGGCUUGCUGUUCACCCAGCAGCCCAAGCUGAGUUCAUUCCCAGCGCAGACUUGCUCACCCUCCCAGCAGCCAAGGCUGGGGCUCCUGGUUCCAAGCGGCAGGGCAAGGAGCAGCACAGGGACGGGUCACGGCAGUCGUCGGCCAGGGAAUGUCCUCCAGCCAGCACCGAGGGGGCUGUGAACAAGGUUCUCCUGAAGGUGAUAGAGAGUGAGAAGUUAGUUGAAGCCACUGAGGGGAAGAGGCUGGGCUUCCCCCUCAGCAGGACGGCCCCCCGCACCCUCCCAGACACUGGAAGUAAGAGGAGGACUGGGCUGUCUCUGAGCGGCCACAAGACCUUGUUUCUGGAUCUGCCCCACAGCGCUGGCCCCGACUCCUCACAGGGCGGAGGUGGUGAGAGGCCGCCCCCACCAGCUCGGGGCAUGGUAUUUAAUAAUUCAUCCUCUCAGUCUGGCACACACACACGGAUGUCACCUGUUCCCUCGCCUCUAUCUCCAAGGCUCCCCAGCCCUCCCCAGCAUCACAGGCUCCUCCGGCUGCCUGGUGAGAGGGAAGCCGCUCUUGAUGACUCUCCUGGUAAAAAGAGUGGCACCUUCACUGGGUCCACCUCUGCUGACACCUUGGAGCCAUCAUCCUCUGCGAAGGUCACGGAGACCAAAGGAGCCAGCUCGGCCUUCCUCAGAGCGGACCAACCUCGGUUGGUGCCUGGGGAACCUUUGGAAAAGAUCUUGGGGCCCGGGAGGAUCACAGCUCAGCCUCCGCACCAGUCACCUCCAGGCAUCUCCUCCGAGAGCUUUCCCCGGGACUGCUUCAAUGAGCAGUCAGCCUCUAAGGACCUUCCCAUCAGGGAUGGAGGUGCGUGGGUCCUGGGCCAUAGAGCUGGACCAGCCUGUCCCUUUCUGCUCCUCGAGGAAAGAGAGAAGACAAACAGAAGUGAAUUGCACUUGGAUCUCCAUCCUGAGCACAGCCCCACUGAGCAGGACGAUAGGACUCCUGGCAGACUCCAAGCUGUCUGGCCACCCCCAAAGACAAAGGACACAGAAGAAAAAGUGGGAUUGAAGUACACUGAAGCAGAAUACCAAGCUGCUAUUUUACACUUGAAGAGGGAGCACAAAGAAGAAAUUGAAAACCUACAGGUUCAGUUUGAACUUCAGGCCUUUCACAUCCGGGGUGAGCAUGCAGUGAUAACAGCAAGACUAGAAGAAACCAUUGAAAACCUCAAACACGAGAUAGAGCACCGAUGGCGUGGAGGAUGUGAAGAGAUGAGAGAUGUGUGUAUCUCCACCAAUGACGACUGCCCUCCCAAGACCUACAGAAAUGUGUGCAUCCAGACAGACAGAGAGACUUUCCUCAAACCCUGCGAAGGGGAAGGCAAGACAACCAGAAGUAACCAAAUAAUACCCAAAAAGCUGAACAUCUCCUCUUUAAGCCAACUCUCCCCCCCAAAUGACAACAAAGACAUCCUUCCACCACUUCAGUCUGUGGAAUGCAUCUCACCGGGCCAGGAGAAGGCAUCGCCUCUCCCCACAGCACCACCCCCACCAGCAGUCAUCCCUCCCCCUCCACCCCUACCACCUGGGCUUGGACCUUUGCCACCAGCACCUCUGCCACCACCUGUGAGUGCAGGGCCACCACCACCUCCGCCACCUCCUCUGCCUCCAAGCACUGGACCUCCCCCGCCUCCUCCCCCACCACCACUUCCUAGCUCACCCAUUCUGCCCAGCAGUGGGGGGCCUCCUCCUGCUCCAACACUCCCAGGACUUGUGCCCCCACCUCCUCCUGGCCUCUUCUUUGGAGUCGGCCCUUCUUCUAGCCAAUGUCCUCGGAAACCAGCCAUUGAGCCUAGUUGUCCCAUGAAGCCUCUGUACUGGACUAGAAUACAAAUAAGUGAUAAGAGCCAAAGUGCUACACCAACCUUAUGGGACUCCUUAGAAGAACCUGAUAUUCGGGAUCCUAGUGAAUUUGAAUAUUUAUUCUCCAAAGACACAACUCAGCAGAAGAAAAAACCACUGUCAGAGACCUAUGAGAAAAAAAACAAGGUCAAAAAGAUCAUCAAGUUAUUGGAUGGAAAACGAUCUCAAACUGUGGGAAUCUUGAUAUCUAGUUUGCAUUUAGAAAUGAAGGAUAUCCAGCAGGCCAUUUUCAACGUGGAUGACUCUGUGGUUGAUCUGGAGACCCUGGCGGCCUUAUAUGAAAAUAGAGCCCAAGAGGAUGAAUUGGUUAAAAUAAGAAAGUAUUAUGAGACAUCCAAAGAAGAAGAAUUGAAGCUGCUGGAUAAACCUGAGCAAUUUUUACGUGAAUUAGCCCAGAUCCCUAAUUUUGCUGAGCGUGCCCAGUGUAUCAUCUUCAGAUCUGUUUUUUCCGAAGGCAUCACCUCCUUGCAUCGAAAGGUAGAGAUCAUCACACGAGCUUCUAAGGGCUUGCUGCACAUGAAGAGUGUGAAGGAUAUUUUAGCUCUCAUUCUGGCUUUUGGAAAUUAUAUGAAUGGAGGAAAUAGGACUCGGGGACAAGCAGAUGGAUACAGCUUAGAAAUUCUGCCCAAACUCAAGGAUGUCAAAAGUCGGGAUAAUGGGAUUAAUCUGGUGGACUAUGUCGUGAAAUACUACCUGCGUUACUAUGAUCAGGAAGCAGGAACAGAAAAGAGCAUUUUCCCCCUGCCUGAACCACAAGAUUUCUUUCUGGCUUCCCAAGUCAAGUUUGAAGACCUCAUCAAAGACUUGAGAAAACUGAAGAGGCAACUGGAAGCAAGUGAGAAACAGAUGGCAGUGGUGUGCAAGGAGUCUCCAAAGCAGUACCUCCAGCCUUUCAAGGACAAACUAGAGGAGUUCUUCCAGAAAGCCAAAAAAGAGCAUAAAAUGGAAGAAAGUCACCUGGAGAAUGCACAGAAAAGUUUUGAAACGACAGUGGGAUAUUUUGGGAUGAAGCCAAAGUCUGGUGAGAAAGAGAUCACUCCAAACUACGUGUUUAUGGUGUGGUACGAGUUCUGCAGUGACUUCAAGACGAUUUGGAAACGGGAAAGUAAAAACAUAUCUAAAGAAAGAUUGAAAAUGGCUCAGGAAUCAGUCAGCAAGUUGACAGCAGAGAAGAAAGUGGAGACAAAGAAAAUCAAUCCCACAGCCAGUCUGAAAGAAAGACUACGUCAAAAGGAAGCCAGUGUGACCACCAACUAAAAAGGAGACACUGAAGAUGACAGCAAGACUGAGUACCUUGCUUAUCCUUUGCAACACCAGCGCUGCAGGAAGUUCUUGAAAGACAUGUCACUAAACGUUGCUUUUGCUCAUGGCUUUGUGAGGUCACCUACAGUGAGAAUCCGUGCCUUCCCAAAGUCCCUGGUUAAGCCACAGAACCAAUGACAAGCUGUGUAAGGGAACAUUGCAGGAGUAUUUGAUGAUUGUUUCUGUAGAGGCCCAAAGUUCACUUGGUUAUAAGACCAGAAGAAAGCCCCAAGAUUUUCCAAACAUUUUUAAAAGCAAAGGUUCCAAGCUUUCUGACCCACUCUUGAUAUAUGUAAAUUUGUGACCGAAGAAGAGAGGGCUCUUACGACAGUUGCUUUGAGAGAGUUCAAGCCUUUACACACUGCUGGUUUGACUGUUGAUCUUAAUUUUGAUCCCAUUGCAUCAAGAUCCUGAAGUGUCUUUCUCGCCAAAAAUGUUGACAUUUACCCAAACUAUUUUUAAAGAGGUCCAAGACUAUGUAUUUCCCAGAGGAGAAAAAUGGUUAUCUUAUUGUUGUUCAUGUUAUGGAAAGGAGAGGAAAUGGGAUUAUACAUGGUGGAGAAGGGGUUAAAUAACCAUAAACUUCAUAAACCUGGAGAACAAAUUAUGAUACAGGGAGUUCACAUCAGCCAUUAAGCAAUUAAUUGUGGUUUCCUGGACCACAGAGUGUCUCUCCAUCCCAGAUUCCGGAAGAAACAGUGAUACCUGAGCACAGAGACACUUGGGGUCAAAGCAGUUGCUUGGACAAGUGACCCAGUAACAGAGCACAUUUCACGUUUCAGAACAUUCGUGAAUGGGCAAUGUCUUGAUGAUGUGCACCUGAGCUCUACGUCAUGUUCUGGGACUCUGUGCAGCCAGACCUGUCCCACCAGCCCAGGAGGCAGUUUCCAGACAGGACUGCAAAUGUUACUUGCCGCCUUUUAUUAUGACCUUGACCCUUGAUGGACAGGCAUGUGACAGAGGUCUUUGGUGUCUGAAAAAUUAAGUUCAGAAAAGUUCUUUACUUGCAAAUGCAAAGAAGGUGUUCACAUUAAUGGAAUGCCAUGUACAUGCAGCUUUUUCGGACCCUGGGAGUCACUGCCCCUUGAAUCACAAGAGAAAGGAAUCUACCUUGUGAGUAGAGAAAAGAGGGGACGGGGUGAAUUGAUAAUAGGAUAAGAGACUAUCAGCUUUGGGCCUUGAAGGGAGAGAGGUCAAAGCUUUCUCCUCCAAAUGGUGGAGCAACCUUAAAACCCUUCCCAAUCCAGCUGCGGUGUGUGGCCUGACCCUUGUCCCAUGAUCUUCCCAGAACCUCUCAACUUCCAGGUGGCUGAAUGUUUACCCAGGACAUGCCUGCCAGGUAUCAACCCCCUCAGGGACCCAUAACAGAUCCAGCUUAUUAAAGUGGCACCAUAUCCUAAUAUAAUGCCCGUCUUGGGAAUCAAGAAUGUUCAGUCAAGUCUCUGAAGCCAUAUUCAUGCAGGUGCUAACCACCUUUUCAAAAGAAAGGAAUAUGGUAGCAUAGUUAGGUUGUUGUUGUUUUUUUCCAGUUCAAAAUAAAAGAUGAGACAAGCAAAAUAGGAAAGCUGGUAAGAAACUUACAUGACUAAAAGAAGUUGCUUGUGAGCAAGAAGCUUUUUAGACUAGAUUGUUUUCUUAUACUGUUUCUUCCUUUUCACUUAACUGUGAAGAAAACCUAAGGAAUUCAUCAAUUGAAAACAAAUUCUGCUUACAGCCAUCCUGGGCUCUGUGGCAUACCUUUUGGUAUUAUCGUGCAAAAAAAAAAAAAGUGCCUGUUUUGCCCAUGCCUUGGGAAUCAGCUUUGAGUUCAGUAAGACCAACAUGUGUUUGGAAACAUGUGUGUCCUUAGAGACCUGAUGGGAGACAGCUGCCAGUGGCUUUCAGUGGAGUCGCCAUCAUCCACUUUAAGUCUUGAAGCUGGUGCUCAUAGGAAUAUCAGUGAAGAUAAGCAGGACUGUCACUUUGGCCACAUAACCCAGCAGGAACAUGCUCUCAGGGAACCAACGGGGAGGAAUAAUGAGUGAGGACAUUUAAUUUGAGAGUUAGACAAAUGCAGCCCAAGGUGGGUUUUAUCCUCAGGGAUAGACUAGAAAUUGGCAGUAAAAUACCUCUUUCUAAAGAGCAAAGUUUGCCUGCCGAUGUUGGGGAAACAGUGAUUUUUCUAAGAUUAGUCAAAGGUAAUAUGUUAGUACAUUAAGACACCAGGGCAGGAUCUCCAUCAUUUUCACCCAGUUUGAAUCCUGCGGUAUGUAUCUGGAUACCCCCUCCCCAACCCACACACAUGCUGCACUGUUGACAUCACCUUCAUUUCUAACUUAAGUUGAUCAUCAGUCAAGGUUCGCAAGAGUUGUUCAAGGUAGGCCAUCUAAAACAGCCUGGGGGCCUCAAAAUGUUCCCUCUAAAAUGCAGUUGAGAUUGUGUUUAAACACAGCAGGUGUCUCUAAACUUCUCAUGGAGAGGAAGUAGUUGGGGUACCACUGGAGCUUGAGCAUUUCAGGCAACCAGGACUUCAGUGGCUGUUCUAAGCACAGCCCGCCCCGAACAAGAGGGAGCGUGGCCAGUACUGCUAUUCUGCUUAACCAGACACUCACAUCGGGCUUCCCAGUCAGACUCUGGGAAAUCUUAGCUUGUGAACAUCAUCUUCUCUUCUAGCCAAGAUUCAUUACAUCAGGGCACAGCUGAUAGCAGUUCAGAUUCUUGCAUGAGUAAUUGGCAUCAUCCCUCAAGCACACGAGUAUAUCAUAUAUUAAACCAGAGCAUGAUGUAACUAUCUUAGGUAGAAAUAAAAAAAAAACCUCAGGCCAGUGAGGUGUCAAAAAUAAGGUUAGAAGGAGAUGUGCUCUAUGGCUUUUAACCCAAGAAGAGGCAGCUUACGGGAGGAGAAAAAAGGGCAGAGUCUGGUCAAGCAGAAAUUGAUGAUGGUAACUCCCUCACCAUCACAGGUGAUGGACCUGCUGCCCAUCAGUUGCCUUUUGAAUACUUGAAUUGAUGUCCAUGGUGUCUCCUCAAAUGCUCGCUGCAACUACAUAGGAAUUUUGGAGGAAGAAUUUCCAAAAUCUAAGAAGGAGGAUAAGGAAACCUAGUGGUGCUAUUACAUCUGGAAAUGUUGUAGCCUAAACAAA